AUAUUUCGGAAAGACUUAAAGAAACCAUUGGAUAACGACUCUGAUGAUACCUAUGAUAAUAGCUCUGAUAAUGACUCAGGUGAAAGUGAACUUGACGAAGGUUUUUUUUCUAAACUUUCUUUUGGGUCAUCAAAAAGAUUGAAAUUUUUAAAGGAUGAAGAUGAAGAUUUCAAGGAUGAAAAAGAUCUUAAACCUAAUAAAAUUAAUGCAAUUGGUAACAAAAAGCGUAAGAAAAAACCUAGUAGAGUCAUUCCUUGGACAAAAGCAGAGGAAGGUCAACUUAUGCAAGCAAUAGAAACUCAUGGAACUAAAUGGAGUAUGGUAAGAGAAUCAAUGGGGUGCAAACGCGCCGCCUAUUGCUAUCAAAGUCAUUGGAACGUAAUGAAGAAAAGAUUGUAA